AUGUCGACAGUGCCGGUGUUGAUGCUGGUGUUGAUGCUGGUGCUUGUGAACUGGAAGCCGGCAGGCGGCCCAACGUACCAGAAGGUUUGCGGCUACAUGAUCAACCUUGAUCCCAUAACUAGUGCUUAUGCUCACCACCCUCCAAGGGGCAGGAUGUCGAGAUGGUGGGUGGUUGGGCGGCACAAAGGACCGCCGCAAGGUCACAGCUACGGCCUGGCCUGUGAUGGCAAGCUUGCUUCAGACGACAACACCACGGACCGGCCGCAAACGCCUCCGGACCAGCAAAUUUCUGAAUCUGGUUCACUCUCAAAGUCCGGAACACCGGCAACUAAAUCGUACCCUGUGGCCAGAGGAACCGCAGAGAACCUGCCCUCGGCAGACGAGGCAUAUGUGAACACAGCUCUGCUUCUGUUACUCCAGGCCGUCACACAGGACUUCCGCCACCAGGUCAACUCGCUACAUUGGGCCCCUCCCCGGAUGGCACUGCACCUGCGAGUUCCAGCGUUGGGCGAAAACAAGAAGUACGCGAAGAUGGACUUGUUGGAAGCACGAGUAGACGGGUACCUGUGCUCGAUCAGCGACAACGGAUCGGACGCUGGUCUAGACAAGCCGCUGGCCAUUUGCGAGGCCAAGUCCGCCGUGCGGCACUCAAUCAAGGUAGCCACUGAAAGACAAGAGGCCGCGGAGAUGGCUGCCUGGAUAUGCCGGCAUUCCGGAAAUGAGGGACUUCUACAGAGCUCUGCUAGCGGCAGAAAGAGAUAA